GUGGGGCCUCGCAGACUUCGCAGCCGGCGCGAUGCCGCAACCCGCCGUACGGCUGGUGAGGUUGAGGCUGGUGGCGUACGGUGAGCUGCUAACGCUGCAGGAGCGCUGGCUGCAGCGGCUACAGGCCGGGCCAGGGACCGAGGCGGGCGCGCUCCUGCUCUGCGAACCUGCGGGGCCCGUGUAUACGGCAGGGCUGCGCGGCGGCCUGACGUCCGAGGAGACGGCGCGGCUUCGGGCCUUGGGCGCCGAGGUGCGCGCCACUGGCCGCGGCGGCCUAGCCACCUUCCACGGCCCGGGCCAGCUGCUCUGCCACCCGGUCCUCGACCUGCGACCUCUUGGCCUGCGCCUGCGCACCCACGUGGCGGCGCUGGAGGCGUGCGCCGUACGCCUGUGCGAGCUCCAGGGCUUACCCGGCGCCCGCGCGCGGCCUCCACCUUACACCGGCGUCUGGCUGGGUGAGCGCAAGAUCUGCGCGAUCGGAGUCCGUUGUGGAAGGCACAUCACGUCCCACGGCCUGGCGCUGAACUGUUCUACCGACCUCACGUGGUUUGAGCACAUUGUGCCCUGUGGGCUAGUUGGGACAGGCGUCACUUCCCUGAGUAAGGAGCUCCAGAGGCAUGUCACUGUGGAUGAAGUAGUACCACCUUUCCUUGAGGCCUUUAAGGAGACCUACAAGUGCACAUUGAUCACAGAGAACAGCCUCAACUGAAGAGUGCUUAUGUUAUCAAAGCCUGGAGGUCCUGCCUUGGAAAGCACUACACCUGACUUGGAGUCACUGAAAUCUAGGUUCUGGACCUGGCCCUGUCAUUCACUCACCAUGAGACUAUGGGCAAAUCAUGAGCUCUGAGCCACUGUUUCAUAUGUAUCCUGGUUUAUUUAUAUCUUCCCCGCCUAUGCCAGAUAUAGAUGUGAAAACAUUAUGAAAAGUAACACAUGCUAUAUAAAUAUAAAGCAUUAGCACUAGUGCUAAUGACACCAUUUUCUCAGCUUAGAAAAACUCAGAUAUUGUAGGGUGUCAUUUCUCAAAUAUUUAUUACCUCCUCAAUACUGUUGAGGAGGUAAUAAUUGAGUAAGUGUGGGCUCCAGUUCCUUUGAUUUUUGUAGGCAUCAUAUCUCUGGAUUAUCAGGUGAAGGUGAUGUGAAGUGGUGCUUUCUGCAAUAAAGGGAAAGGGAAAGGCUUCUUUAAAGAAUAAAAUGGAAUUCUGUCUUCCUGGGUUUGAUUCCUCAAAUCUGAUAUUUAUUUUUAGUUAGGUAACCUGAGCUCAGCCAGAGGCCGGGGGAAAGAGAAGAAUAAUUUCUCACACUGUACAAAUGCCAGAGAUAGAAGUAAGUUUUCAUAUAUGAAAUCUCUUAAGUUUAUGAGAUUGUGUAUUAUCUAUUGCUGUGUAACAAAUCACCCCCAAAUUUAAUGACUUAAAAGAAUAAACAUUUAUUAUCUCA